GUCUUGCAUAUGCGGUCCGGCCCUGUCCUGCCCGAACAAAGAGGAAGAAUGUGCUGCUGCUGCACGCAAAAGCGAACAAAGCCAAACUGAGAACGUAGCAGCCAACUCUCCCCUACGCAGCGUACUGCCAACGAUAAUGGCCCUCGCCUGGUUUCCACUGAUUGAUGUUUUCUGAUGUUUACAAUUGUAAAGGGUGGAAUAUUAACAGUAUCGCACUUACAAGAAAGACAGUGCCAAUUCCCUUUUAAAACAACAUGGAAAGUUUCUGGUUCAGCUGUCUCUCUUGACACGAGCUUUAGGUAUUCAAAGAUUUCAUUUCAAGUCAUGGAGAAAACAGGGAGCGAGGUGUUUCUCAAAGAUUACUUGCAGGAGUUUCCUGUCUCAUCCUCAUAUGAAUCUGCCAUGGAUGCACUUUCCUCUCUCAUUACACAACGAAAACGUGGAGAACGGUCAUCUGUGGUUGCCAAAUAUGAUAAAUUGGAAAGGAUGUCUAUGUAUCUUAAGAUAUUGGGUCUUGAUGAACACAUAGCAGGCCUCAAAAUUAUCCAUGUUGCAGGAACAAAAGGAAAGGGUUCAACAUGUACAUUUUGUGAAGCUAUCCUACGAGAGUGUGGUUUCCAAACAGGACUGUUCACCUCCCCUCACCUGAUUGAUGUGAGAGAAAGAUUUCGAAUCAAUGGGUUGAACAUUUCUCAAGAAAAAUUUCUCUUGUAUUUUUGGGAUUGUUGGAAUUUACUGACGGAAAAUAUUACAGAUGAUCUACCUAUGCCUCCACUUUUCCAGUUCCUUACUGUUUUGGCAUUCAGGAUAUUUGUCUGUGAAAAGGUGGAUGUUGCUAUCAUUGAAGUAGGCAUUGGAGGAUUAACUGAUUCAACAAAUGUGAUCAAAGAACCUGUUGUGUGCGGUGUUACUUCUUUGGGAAUGGAUCACUUGGACUUCUUGGGAAAUACCCUGGGUCAGAUUGCUUCACAUAAGGCUGGAAUUUUCAAGCCUCAAAUUCCAGCAUUCACAGUUCCCCAACUUUCUGAAGCAAUGGAGGUUCUUCAUGAGAGGGCCCAUGAAUUGAAGGUUCCAUUGACAGUAGCUGCACCCCUCCAUUAUGAAGAGUUGGAAGGAUUAAAGCUUAGUUUGUCUGGUGAUCACCAGUUGAUUAAUGCUGGUCUUGCCAUUUCACUUUGCAAAAGUUGGCUCAAAAGAACGGGAAACUUCGAAAAGAUAUUCCAUGAUGAUUGCCAGGGAGCCAAAUUGCCAGAAGCAUUCCGUAGAGGUCUUUCAACUGCACAUUUGCUGGGGAGGGCUCAAGUAGUUCAUGAUAACUUUUCAAAAUACCAUAAUUCAUCAGAAAUUGGUGAAAUUUCCUCUGGGAAUCUGAUCUUUUACUUGGAUGGUGCUCAUAGUCCUGAGAGCAUGGAGGCAUGUGCCAGAUGGUUCUCUAGUGUGAUUAAAGAAAAGAGAGAACCAUCAUCAUCAUCAUCAUCAUUAUCUUGGGGCAAUGGUUAUCUCAAACAUGAACAGGACAAAACUGUGGAGUCCAAAGUGAUAUCAAAGCAGAUUCUCCUGUUCAACUGCAUGGACGUGAGAGACCCUCAAAUUCUGCUCCCUCAGCUUGUGAGCACAUGUGCUUCCUCAGGGACUCAUUUCUCAAAAGCUCUUUUUGUCCCUAGUAUGUCAGCAUAUAACAAGGUUACUUCUGCCUCCUCAUUCAUUUCUUCGGAUAUCCAUAAAAAGGACUUUUCAUGGCAAUUUAGCCUCCAGAGGCUUUGGGAGAAGAUCGUGCAUGGGGGAGAUCCUGUACUUGAAAAAAGCUUCAACACGAAGAUAACAGAGGCCUUACCACCAUCCGAGUUCCUUUAUGAGGAUGCUUCUCGUUGCAGUCCUGUGGAUAACUGUUUCACUUGCAGUGCUGUAAUGCCGUCCUUACCUCUGACAAUAAAAUGGUUGAGGGAUUGUGUUAAAGAUAACCCUUCCCUUAGAGUUCAGGUUCUUGUGACUGGCUCACUUCACCUGGUAGGUGAUGUUCUAAAGCUUCUUCGAAGGUGAUACAAAUUGAAGCCGCCCAAAACAAAGAUUUCAUUUUUUUUCUCUUCAUUGAUUUUGAAGGAGAAACACACAAGCAUACAACACAUAAACAUGCAUAUACACCCAAAGCAUUGACAUGGAAAAAACUUUAUUUUCUUCUAUUGCCUUUAGUGAUUUGUUGUGCCAUAAUGCCUGGCCCUAACUAACUAUACUUGUUUUUGCCAUCAGCUUAUGCUGGUUAUUUGAUGUUGUACUAUAGAUGCAUUGUAUUGUAGAAUAAAACUUUCGCAUGUAAGCUCAUGUACAACACUUCCAAUUGCGAUUUUUGUUUGAUGUGAAGUUACAAGUGAAUUACAAACCGUAAUAAUAUAGUUACAAUAUCGCA